UCAGCGUCUCUGGUCACGCAAAGCCAGCUGGGAAGUUCGUUGUCCGCGCCGCGUGUUUGCGUUUCAGUGAUUGAUCGAUUUUUGGUGACAGGUACCCGGUAGUAGUUCCAUUGAUUGAUGAAAAUUGAAGUUUGAGGCGUUCAACUGAAUUAUCUUUAUUCGAGAUAAGAUUUGUCAAUGGAAAGUUCUGAACCGUAACUGCCUUCAAGUGAAACUGCUGAAAUUUGACCGAAGAAAGUUCCAGAAUUGGGUCAACGUGCCAAUUUCGAAACCAGUUGGGAUCGAGAAGAGAAGCUGAUAAUAAAAAUAAAAAUCUGAAUCAUCAAGAGGAGCGGCUCGAAUUGAAGAUUUGGUGUUGUAAUCAGAUCAAUUAAUUCCGUAAGCUUUUUUUUUUUUGAGGAAACCUGUAAGCGGCUAUAGUUUCAAAGGACGAAAAAAUAACAACACAGAAAUGAGUUCCAGUGCAACUAGUAAACGAACGAUACAGAAGAAACGAUCCUCGGUAAAACCAUCAAAGAAAAUCCCAGUAUCCUGGAGGUUUACCUUGAUUUUGACAACUCUGGCUAUUCUAUGGAUAGCUCCCUGGGAUAAUGUUGAUGCAGUACCGGCGGAUGUCGCGAUUCGGAAGAAUAUCGUGAAAUAUGUCACUGGAAAUGGUGUCAACUAUAAAAUUCACUACGACGAGCAGUCCGGGAAAGUGACAGCCAGCAAGGUUGGAAAGGACGAUCAAGUCACUGGAAGGCAGGAUGGCAUAUUGGACUAUUUCCCUGUAGCUUCACAGGCUCUGGAUCAAGAUGAACUGCUGGCAAAUCGACUGGGAAUGGUUGUCGGAGCAUUCAGCAACACUUUGUCGCAGCUAUUUUUCGGCAUCAAUGAAGUUCGCUCGGAGGUUACGUUUUGGUGCUCAAAUGCCGAUCAUGCGGAUUACAUGCAGGUAUUUGUCAACGAUCCAAAUCUUCAUCGGAAAUUAGAUGUUACAAAACCUAUAAUGAUGGUAACCCACGGUUGGACUGAUAACGUUAAUCGAACAUGGGUUAAAGAAAUUGUCGGCGAUUACAUUCAACAUAUUGGAGGAAACAUUUGUUCCGUAGAUUGGAGCCGCCUGGCUCUGGUGGAGUACAAUCUGGCAGCAAGGAACACACCAAAAGUUGGCCGCUAUUUGGCCAAGUUUGUAAAGUUCCUGUUGAAGCAAGGAUUUUCGAUGGACCAGGUGACAUUGGUUGGUCACAGCAUGGGAGCUCAUAUAUCCGGAAUCGCGGGUGCAGCCCUAGAUGGAGUGGUGCCGAUGAUUGUGGGUCUAGACCCGGCCGGACCUUCAUUCACUAAGCCGUUCAUGGUUUCGACAGAAAAACGGCUGGACAAAAGUGAUGCGUUGUUUGUGCAGGCCAUUCAUACGGAUAAAAACAUCAUCGGGACCUCGACGAAUGUCGGGCAUCAGGAUUUCUACACCAACAAUGGUGCGAGUCCACAGCCGGGAUGUGAAUUUCCGCUAGUCAAUAACGACACGACGAAGGCUUAUCUGCAAUUUAUCUGCAGCCACUUCAAGGCGGUCGAAUACUUCCGGGCCUCGCUGAACCGGGAGAACAUUUUCGAGGGAACGUACUGCAACUCCUACUACUACUAUCGUCGGGGUGAAUGCGCCAACAAUACACGAUCCGAUUUCGGGAUGUACAACAACAAACAAGCCCUGGGAGCUCUCUUCAUUGCCAUAGACAAAACCGUGUAUCCUUACGCCAAGUCGAUAUCUCGAAGUACAUGAAGGUAUUUUGUUAAAAC